UCUGUAGCCGGAGGGAGACAGCAAACAGCAAGAGUCUGACUAACUUUCACACAUUACAGCUGCUUACCAAACUCUCAGGGAAUUCUUCAACUCUCUGGCAAUUUCUGGAAUACUUUUCACAGAGGUCUGGACUAACUAAUAUCGUUUUCCCGCUGAAAAAACAAUGGCACUGCGGCAGGACUCAGAUAAAGAACCACGAAUUGAGCUCUUCAUAAAGGCCGGUCAUGAUGGAGAAAACGUGGGGAACUGUCCCUUCUGUCAGAGACUCUUCAUGGUUCUUUGGCUGAAAGGAGUCCGGUUUACAGUAACCACUGUUGACAUGAGGAAGAAGCCAGAAGAGCUAAAAGACUUAGCUCCAGGUACCAACCCUCCUUUCCUCCUGUACAACGGCACACUGAAGACUGACUUCCUUAAGAUUGAAGAGUUCCUGGAGAGCACCCUCGCCCCUCCCCGCUAUCCUCAUCUCAGCCCCCGCUACAAAGAGUCUUUUGAUGUUGGUGCUGACAUUUUUGCCAAGUUCUCCGCGUUCAUCAAGAACAGCCCAAACAAUGCUUUCCACGAAAAAGCCUUAUUGAGGGAGUUUAAGCGCCUGGAUGACUAUCUGAACACUCCGCUUCAGGACGAGCUAGAUCAAAAUAUCAGCGUUUCCAAAAGAAAAUUCCUUGAUGGCAACCGCCUGACGCUGGCAGACUGCAACUUGUUACCAAAGCUGCACGUCAUCAAGGUUGCUGCCAAAAAGUACUGUAAUUUCGAGAUUCCCUCUCAGUUCAUUGGAGUGUGGCGUUACCUGCAGAAUGCAUAUGAGAGAGAAGAGUUCAGCCAGACCUGUCCAGCUGACAUUGAAAUUGAGAAAGCCUAUCUGAGCGUGGCCAAGAGGAACUGAAUAUCAGAUCAAUGAAGCGAUAUUGUGAUCAAAUGUUUAAAUAGUGUAAAUACAAGUUCUUAAGUUUAUAUCCAUCUGCAUAGUAGUAGUUCACAGGUGUGGAAAUCUAUUACAGUGAAGCCAAAAAAACACACCACACAGUUUGCUAAUGUGCUUUUAUUGUGUCUGUGCUCCUAAAGCCCAUUAGAUACACUAGAAUACUUCUUCUGAGUGACUGCUACCGUCAAAGAGGCUUUAUUCCGGGUUAUAGGAUCCUUUGCAAAUGAUCUUAAGCACAACAGUCAACAGAGUUGCUUUUAACAGCGUAUCAUAUGUAAUGUUUUUGUGCAUAUUUGUGUAUAUAUGUAUUUUACAUUCAUUAGGGUGUAAUCAUCGGUUAUAUGUAAUGUAUACCUUAAAGGCUAUGUGUUUUAAGAAUGAACUGAAAACACUGUAGAGAUAAAAGUUUAGUCAAAGCACGCGCAGAACUGGAGUCAGUGAGUCAUGAGGUAGUAAUGGUUGUUUUGUAUUAAGGGUUAUUGUGAUGGAUGUUUGAGUCACACAGACACCACUGUUAGAUGUUUAAGAAAGAGAUUAAAAUAAAGUUAAUAUCAUACACGUCACACACUGAUUGGAUGAAAGAUGGGUUUAAAAACAUACAUCUUACAACUCAUCUGUUUUACCCAGACUAUAUUUUUUAUUUUACAGUCUCUAGGUCAGUUUCAUUCAUGAUAAAAAAUACAUUCAUAAUCCUGUUAGAUUACUAUAUAUAUAUAUAAAACAAUAUUCACAAUGUCAAACGGCAGCCGGGUGGAUGUUAUGGGGGAAAACAAAUGCAUACAUGUUUAGGUGUUUGUACAUAAGGUGUGCUAUGCUGGUCCUCUGUCCAUCUCAGCAGAUUAAUUCCUAGUUUGUAACACAAUACUUCCAAAAACAGGCUGUAAAAGGAAGGACAAAAAUUAGAUUUAGUAAUGCAAUACAAGAAAAAUAUAAAGCCAUUAUGUUGACAUUUUCUGUCUGCAUUAAAUAAUUGUAUUGUAAAUUAAAACAGUCAUUAAAAGAAUUUUUUGCACCACA